GAGGGGGAAGGGAGCGGGCUGCGGGUUCACCUGCUUAGCGGGCUGGCCUCGGCCUCGGCCUCCUCCCCGCGCACGGACUUUCCCCCUGGGCCAGAGUUCUCCCCUCCCUCCGCAUCGCUAGGGAGGCGGCCGCGCUGGGGCUCUGCGCAGUCGGGGCCAUGGACGCUCCCGCGGCUCCGGGGGGAAGCCUCACUGCGUCCCAGCAGGUCCGCUUGAUGUUCUAUGCGCUGCAGCCCAAUGAAAGCUCCUUCCCCAGCCUCCAGGAGGUGCCCGACUAUGUGAAUAAGGCUACGCCACUUUUCAUUGUCUUGAUGCUGUUGGAGUUUGUUGCCAGUUGGGUCUGGAGGCAUCAGGCAUCAGUGCGGGUCAAUGAUAGCAUAACUUCUCUCUCUGCAGGAGUUCUGUCUCGACUUCCAGAUGUUUUUUCCAGAAGCCUGGAGUUGACUACUUACAUCUAUGUAUGGGAUAACUACAGGCUCUUUGAAAUGCUAUGGGACUCACCAUGGACUUGGUAUUUGACAUUCCUAGGAGUAGAUUUUGGAUACUACUGGUUUCAUCGCAUGGCGCAUGAGGUUAAUAUAUUAUGGGCAGCACACCAAACACAUCACAGUUCUGAAGCUUAUAACUUAUCCACUGCACUGAGACAAUCUGCACUACAGAGAUAUGCUUCUUGGAUUUUCUACUUGCCAAUGGCUCUUUUUAUUCCUCCAUCAGUAUAUGCUGUUCAUCUCCAGUUUAAUCUCCUUUACCAGUUUUGGAUCCAUACAGAGGUAGUUAACAACCUUGGACCUCUGGAGUUGAUUCUUAAUACUCCCAGUCACCACAGAGUUCAUCAUGGCAGAAAUCCUUACUGCAUUGACAAAAAUUAUGGUGGUACUCUGAUUAUUUGGGAUAGAAUUUUUGGAACAUUUGUGGCAGAAAAUGAUAAAGUUAUAUAUGGCCUAACACACCCAAUAAAUACAUUUGAACCUUUCAAGGUCCAGUUAUGUCACUUGGUUCAUAUAUGGAGAACAUUUUGGGCCACUCCUGGAUACUGUAAUAAACUCUCUGUAAUAUUCAAAGGACCAGGUUGGGGACCAGGAAAACCUAGACUCGGCCUUCCUGAGGAAAUCCCAGUGAUCACUGGAAAAGAAGUUAAUUUCGAUCCCAAAUUACCUAUAUAUCUUUCUGUCUAUGCAACAGUACAUUUUGUCUUGAUGCUGGGCUUUUAUAUGGAUCUUUUUGAGAACAAGGCUACUUUAUCACAGGUGACUCUUCUCUUGAGGAUUGGCUACAUUAUCCUGACAUUGACCUCUAUUGGAUUCCUUAUGGAGCAAAGGCCCAAAGGAGCUAGUUUGGAAGCUGUCCGCUGCGCAGUUUUUCUAGUUCUGCACAAAGUUGGCUACCUGAAAACAUACAUUGCUAGCUUGGCAUUUACUUAUGAGAUUUUAUUUUCACUCUGUAUUGCAUUCUGGGGAGUACAAAUUAUGAAGCAACUGGUCUCAAGUACAGCAAAACAUCACUGAAUUAUGGAAAGAGCUCUUUGGAAUAUGCUUUGAAGUUUCCUGGAAUAAGUUGAUGGUGCCUCUUUCUGAAAUGCAUUGGAUAGGUAGGACUCAAGAUGUCUUAUGAAGAUGCACUAAAAAUGGUCAUCUGUUUUCACUUGAUCUUUUUAAUAUGUAUUCUCCUGUACACCCACAUGAAAUUAAAGGUCUCUCUAAUUUUUCUUGUGCUUUCGCAGCAUUUUGUACAUUCUUGAAAAAUAUGUAAAAAUAAUAGCAGUGAAAAGCAUUAUUUACACUAGAAAUCAUUACAGUCAUAUUUGUUGGCACCUGGUAGACACAGAAACUAAAUCUAAAAGUAUGUGAAUGUAAUUUUUUCUCUAAUUCUUGAAUUACAGUAGAAUCUAAUGCCAUGUCCAAUUGUGCGUUCAUAACAUACAACUACAUAAAGAUGAGUUGUUGAGACAAGAAACUGAUUUUAAAACAGAAUGAUAAAAUAACUCAGACUUGUAUUGAUUGAUUGUUUUUCAAUAAAACUAGAUGAUAUGUGUUAUGUAAUGCAAGAUUGCAACAUAGAUUAAUUUGUUUAUGGAGUAUACCUGCAUUUGCCAACAACAUUAAAACUGAUCUUGCCAACACUGACCCAAGCAAAUUGUCCUCUUGAAAUAAAGUACCUCCUAUCACAAUAUAUUUGCAGAUCAGCUUGUUGGUUUCUGACAAAGUGAUCCUGAGGAAGUUGGAUUUACUAUCCUGUGCAAAGUGCUAUUUUGAUUAUUUCUACUGAUAUAGAAAAACUGAAUAAAAACAGAGAAGGGGACUCCAAACAGCAAGAUUAGCAAAUAUAAAGGAACUCAGUUGUUUUUCUUUCCUUAUGCUCUUCCAAGACUAUAAAAAUAAAAAAAAAUUAAAGUCAAGUAACUAAAAAACUUUAGGAUGCCUUGAAAGCUUCAAACUGGUAAAAAUAUCUGGAUUAAAAUGUAAUUGUAUUUUUUUUCAUUUUUCUCUACAGUAAUAAGUUAUAUUAAUAGAGAGCUCAGAUGUACAUAAAUACCCUGAUUUUAAUGAACUCGCAGUUUUAGACUUCAGCUAUAGCAGAGAAUUCAUGCCAGCAUUUACAAGUUGGAUGCCUCCAGUUGGCCACCUAACUCCGUAUUUAAAUAAAAUUGGCUUGAUUUUCAGUGGUGUUGCACACCAAGCCUGUUUGCAUAGGUGCCUCCCUUGAGGCACCCAAGUUUGAGGCCAACAUUUUUAGUCUAUUAGGCACAAGCAAUUUGACUUUCUGUCAUUUGGGGCUAUGCUCAAAGCCUGAAAUAUAUUGAAGUGGGAAAACAGAUGUUUGAAUAGAGAUGAAUCUAAGAUGCAAUGUCGGGUUCAGACUUCCCUAAAGUAUGGGAAUGUUUGUAUCCAAGAUUUUUAAGUCAGACUCUUUUCUAAUUUGUU